AUGAAGAAGAAUUCAAAAGAAGCAGAAAUUGUUCGAGAAGUUGUUAAUUCUGGGAGACUAGCACCCGAUGAGCUCGUCAACAAGCUGGUGCUGAAGAAGAUUCGAAGUAUGGACAAGUAUAUUCUCGACGGAUAUCCUAGAAGGAUUGAGCAGGCCGAGAUGCUAGGGGACGAUGUCGACCUUGUGAUAUUUAUUGAUGUUGACGAGGAUGUAUCUGUUCGUCGGAUCUGUGGACGAAAUCAGGGAAGGGAUGAUGAUGUUGAGGAGGUUGCAAGAAAAAGGCAUGAAGUGUAUCUUGGGGAAACAGCACCUGUUGUUGAGCUUUAUCGGAAGCAGGGGAAGCUCCUUACGGUCAACGGCCAUGACAGCCCUGAGACAGUGUUUUCCGAGAUAUGCAGGUCUAUUGAAUGA